CGAUGUCGCUUCUUGAUGCUUUGAAGGUUCCGAGCAUGGACUCCUUCGAUUUUGAUUUUGAGCAGCAAGAGGAUGUUCCGUUCAUGAAGCAGGUUGCACCCUCUGCUCAUCCUAUUCGUGGUCAGGCGGAUACGAACAUACCCGUAUCUUCUGCUGCUGAAACAUCUUCCAUUCCGAAGGACUCUUCUGAACAAGCCCUUGCCGAGACGGUUUCUCAUAUGCCGGCGUCUUCUAAGGAGGCGGGUGGUUCGUCCGGAUCUCAUGCUGGGCAGAGGUCAAUUCUUGAUGACGUGGACGAUGAUCCGGAGAUACGCAGUCUAGACGAGGCACUACUGAAUCAGCCUUUAUCUCUGAAGAGUAAAAAUGUUGGAGCAGAUACCGACCUGGUGAUCCGGUCCCGCAAGAGGAAGGGUGAAUCUGUUCAGGUACGUUCUUCAGAUUCUCUCCCCAUGCCAAGAUUGAAGAAGACGAAGGGGAGUUCCUAUUCUGAAGGCACUGUUAUGGAGGAUCUUGAUGAACAUCUUUCUGGGGGUAAGAGCUCGAGGGAAGAGGCGGCCUUGGCCCGCAGUAGACCGACCCCGGCCUAUUCAGGUGGUUUUGUCCCUGAUAGUGAGGUGGAGAGUAUGGAGACGGAGAAUCCAGUGAGCGUGGAUAAGGGUAAAGCCCAUAGUGAGCCGAAGGUGGUCACUUUUUCAGAUCUGUUCUCGGAAGAUAUGGAGAUUGACCCAUCCACUGCUGAGGAGAAGUUUAUACCCGACUGGGACAUUCGGAACAAGGAUACGGUCCUGGAUGUUUUGACCGCUAAGAUGAUGCUCUUCAACAUAAACACUCUGAUGGACCAUGUUCGAAGUCGGAAGAUGAAAAACCCGGAUCUUGGGGCCGCGGUUUUGACUAACCAAGCUCAGUCUAACAUAUUCGUGACAGAAGUUUAUCGUAGGUGGGUUGAAGCGGAGUCUGUGCGAGAAAAUUUGGAGAAGGAAGUCCGCUCUUUGAAGCGCAAAGUUCUCAAGAGCCCGGAGGUGGAGAAGAAAGUAGCCCAACUAACUCAAGACCUUCGGACUCAACAAGAAAAGGUCGCAUCUUUGACGGCUCAGAAUCAAUCAUCGCAGGCGGCUGCCGCGGCCGCUGCUGAGGACAGGGAUAAGAUUUCUUCAGAAUUCAAAGUAUUUUCUGAGUCCAUGAAACAGAAGGACGAAGAACACAAAGCGGUUUUGGCGAAGAUGGAGGAGUCCCUCAGCGGUGCCCGUCUCGCGUACGAGAGUAUGAUGGCUGAGCGUGAUGCGUUCAAAACAGGGGAGGCUGAUUUGAAGAGUCGUCUGGAGGAGAUGGAGGUAGAGAAUGCUUCUCUGAGAACUGAGGUCACGGACCUCCGUGAGACGAAGGUUUGGAUGCUUACGGAAGGCGCCCAGCUUCUAGCGAAGAAUAUUCACAAAGGCAAGGAGAUGACUGCUGCCGUGGCUGGGGUUAAUAAUGCGAUGAGCGCAGUUGGUAUUAACUCGGGUUUGCACUCCGGCUACGUUCAUGCUCUGCAGAAAAAGACUCCUUUCCAAGAGGUUCCACUGUUGAAUCGUAAUGCUGCGGAGGAACUGAAGGCGGCGGUCGUUUGUUUUGAUACUCUCAAGUUCCCUGUAAUUGAAGACCUUCCGAAGCUAAGUGAUGCGCCACUUCCUGAAAUUAAGAAGGCCCUUCGUUUUGCUGGUGGUGAUUUGCCGAAUGAAUGAGGUGGACAUGCCCGGUUUUUUGGGGUAUGCACCUUGGAUAUUUUUUAGGUAGUCCAGAUGAAUGUGAAGCUCGUCCGGCUUUUGUAAUGAUGUUUUUACUUUGUUUGUUAUCCUUUUGUGAAUGGUAUUAAGACUUG